UUUCAUUCACUCGGCCUCAUUCUUACUCGUCGUGUAUUUACAUUUUACCUGAGAGUACUGACUUCGAUAAUCAAAAAAAGAAAAGAAAAGAAGGAAGAAUAAAAAUAAACGACAAUGCGAGGUCAAACAUCAGAUCGUAGCGACUCGAAGCACCCCCACCGUCACAACCCAUACUCUCAACCUCAGCCCUCGAAAAGGUCCAAGUCCAAAUCUCAGUCAAAAUCUAAACAAUCCAACACAUACAACAGAUGCUGGGACUGGAUCGUUACAGAUGGUAACUGCCACUACGCCAAAAACCGCUCGACAUUCCGGAGCUAUCGACGAGCACCGGGCAAGGUCGCCGGCUCACGCGUCCUGGGCGUAGGGAGUGUGGAGUUGCGCGUUCGACGACGCUCAGGCGAUAAUCAGACCAACACCUUGGUCCUUGAUAACGUGCUGCACAUGCCGAAUGCGCGGUGCAAUGGACUGAGCCUACCCAAGUACCGCGAAGCACACCCGUUAUCCGGGAUUGGUGGUGAAGGUGAACAUUUCGAGGCGCGGAGUGACGACGGGUCGGAGCCGGAAUGGUAUGCGGAAGGCUUUUGUGGUCUAUCAAGGGUUGUGCUCGCUGGAGAACCCCAAGGGGAGUCACAGUUGAGCGACAAUGGGAAUUAUACGCUCUCUGUGCUCGCUUCCAACGAUGAAAUGGAGAAAUUGUGGCAGAGAGUUAAGAAUAGGAGCUGGAUGGCAUAGGGAUGUUGCUGCAAUGGUGUUAUUGACAAGGUGUGACGAGAUACGAUCCUUUCUGUCUUGUUUUCCAGCGUAGUCUUUAUUAGAUCAAAAUGAAGAUAUAUGCUAUGCCAUCAAUGUGCACGAUCCACACAGAAUUUUUCACCUGUAUCACUGAACGAGAGUUAUACGAAUCA